GGUUCGCAGGUCAGAGUGAGGAAAAGGGGGGUUUUGCUCUCAUUACUGAAACCAAAUAAGUGGGUCCAGAAAUCAAAGAACCAAUCAUAUAAUCGCUUGUCCCAGGGAAUCAGAGCAUACUUCAUUCAUUCCUGCAUGCUAUAAACUUAAAUUAAAAGAGGAUUAUCAAACGCCACAUUCCUUUUCUUCUUCUUAUGUUGGGACAAAAGGUUCUUUCUGCAUUGUUAGCCAUCGACUGAUAGAUUAAAAACAAAAUGUUAAGGGGACAAGGAGGGCUUACCAGCAGGGACAGAUACAAAGGAUUGAAGGGCUCCUUGAUGUCUGCUCCUUCAGUCUCAGAGACUCAUGCGGCGUACGAUGCUGCUUACUUUCAGGCUUAUGCCCACGUAGCAGUGCACGAAGAAAUGAUUAAGGAUCAAGUACGCACAGAAACUUACAGAGCUGCAAUAGAACAACACCAAUACCUUAUCCAAGACAAAGUGGUUCUGGAUGUAGGGUGUGGGACAGGAAUAUUAUCUAUAUUUUGUGCUAAGGCAGGUGCUAGAAAGGUAUAUGCUGUCGAUGCAAGUGAAAUAGCAGUACAGGCAAGAGAAAUUGUCAAAGCAAAUAAUCUGUCUGAUAAAAUUACAGUCAUCAUUGGCAAAGUUGAGGAAGUUGAUAUUGAUGAAGAAGUUGAUGUCAUUGUUUCUGAGUGGAUGGGCUAUAUGCUUCUCUAUGAGAGUAUGCUCUCUACUGUGAUUAGUGCAAGGGAUCGUUGGCUUAAACCUGGAGGACUAAUUCUUCCUUCCCAUGCUACGUUGUAUUUAGCUCCAAUCACACAUCCCGAGAGAUAUAGUGACAGUAUUGAUUUCUGGAAUGAUGUCUAUGGGAUUGACAUGUCUCCUAUGCUACCUUUGGCAAAGCAAUGCGCAUUUGAAGAACCUCUAGUUGAAGUAAUAACAGGGGAGAAUGUCUUGUCAUGGCCGACUGUGGUAAAGGAUAUUAACUGUAAUACAAUCACAGUGCAGGAGUUGGAAUUGGUUACAGCAGAGUUUAGUGUGGCGUCUAUGAUGAAUGCACACCUUCAUGGAUUUGCUUUAUGGUUUGAUGUUACCUUUGAAAGGCCUUCGAUAACUCCCAGUGAUGCACAAUCCGAUUCCCUGAAUGAUAAUUUAAAUAGAAGGAGAAAACGUGCAAAAUCUAAUUCUCUUGUAUUGUCAACUGCUCCAGAAGAAGAACCCACCCAUUGGGCCCAGACCGUGCUCUACAUUUAUGAUCCUAUAGAAGUGAGGCAAGACCAAAUCAUUGAAGGUUCCAUUACAUUGUCCCAAAAUCAGAAAAAUCCACGGUUUCUGAAUAUACAUCUCGAAUAUGCAUCUGGAGGUCGAAAGUUUGUGAAAGAGUCUGUUUUGUCAUGAUAUUCAAUUCAGUUAUGUCGAGGCCAAGGUGUUCAACCAAAAGCGAACUCUAUUAUGUCAAACCUCAGGAGUGCAUCCAAGUCAUUUGCCCUAAGGUAUUAAAGAAUAAAUGAAAUCUAUCAGAUUGGAAUUCAAAUCAUGAUAAUAGGUAUGCCAAUGAGAUUAAAUUUUGUUAUGGAUGUCCAAAAGCAUGAAGCCAAUAAGUGAGUUUUUCAGAACUUUGUACAAAUUUUGGCGUUAUAAUUCAUUCAUAAAACCAUUGCAGUUAUAUGGAUUUCUGACGUUGACCAAAAGACUGAAGUAUGUGUUUCAUCAAUUUCCCACAUUUAUUAAUGCAGUGCUAGUCUAUUUUUUUUCCUUUUAGUUUUCAUCUGUAAAGGUAGAAUAAAGAUGCCAAGGUCCAAGGCCUUAACGUACCUUUAUUGAAAGUACUUUCCAUUAUUAAAAUAAUAAGAGUAUUUUUAAUAAUUUAUAAAUAUUAGAAUUUCUA